AUGCCCACCUGGCACAAUGGACGAACACCUUUGUUGAUAAGGUUUUGGACCUGUGUCAGCGCUUGCAUUUGUGCAUUCCAGGCCUCAACAGCAUUUGCUGGCCUGCUUGCGCAGAGAUGCUCUAGGACGGCCCUACAAGCACAGGAGGACAGUUCGCCUGCUGUCGGUUUGGAUGUGGGCACUACCAAUUCUGCCGUGGCCGUGCGUCGGGCAGAUGGUCGCUUCCUUGUCGCGCCACCACCAGGUGCACCUAGGGGCCGUCCAACGAUGCCAUCAGUGGUGGCUUUCAACUCUGAGGGCGACUCUGUUGUGGGGUUGAAGGCGUUGCGUGUCAAACAUAUCAGCCAAAAGCAAGUGGUCUUCCACUCCAUGAAGCGGCUCUUGGGGCGGACCUACGAAGAAGCUCACCAAAUUGGUUUGAGACCCAGCGAGCUGGGCGCAGAUCCUUCUGGUCAGGCGCGAGAGAUAGUUCGGCUUCUGCUGCCGGGAGGGCGCGUGAUCUCUGUGGAAGAAGUAGUUGCCGUGCUCAUCAAGGAGCUGGUGAAGAUUGCAGAGAAUUACCUUGGACAGCCAAUCAAGCGUGCAAUCCUAGGUGUGCCGGUGCGCUGGAAUAAAUAUCAGAAGCGUGCCCUGGAAUAUGCUGCCGAACUGGCAGGGCUAGAAACUGUGCGGCUGGUGCCUGAACCUGAGCUGGCAGUUCGGGCCUAUGGCGUCAGGACCAGUCCAAAUGCUGACAUUGUCACAGGUGGAGGCAAUCUUGGCCCAAGGCCACGGAACUUCAAAGGCAAAGUUGAAAUCGAGGCAACAGCGCAGCGACUUGAAGAGAAUCCAUAUUCGGCCUCAGCUGAAGAGCUUGACACAUUCAGAGAAAGCAUGAAGAAGAUACAGAAUCCGACUGCCAAGCACAUUCUCGUUGCAGAUUUGGGUGGAGGAACCUUUGAUGUGUGCAUUGUCCGCCAAUGGGUCGAGUGGGACGAGAUCCACAUUCAGUUCACAAGUGGUGACGAACGCCUUGGCGGGAACGAUUUUGACAACGCGUUGACCACUUGGUGCCUCAAGCAAAUGAAACCUGAAAUGCAACGUUUGAAGAAGUGGCCGCUGUCAAGGGAGAGCCAGGAUGAGCUUAGGAUCCUAGCAAAGAAGGCCAAAGAGAGACUGAGCAGUUCAGACUCUGCCGAGAUCUUGUUUGGCCCCUUCAAGGCAACGGUUACUCGGGACAACUUCCGAGUGAUUUGCCUGGAUGUACUGAAGCGUCUAUUGGUGCCAAUCCGUGAAGCUGCCUAUGGCUCACACCUGCGGUUGCCAUUUGAGUCUCUAGCAGAAGAGGCCCUUGACGUAGCAGAAAGGAGUACCAAGAGAAAGAAGAGGCGCAUGACAGAAAGAGAUCUCCGCACCAGAAGCAAGCAACUUCGGUCAAAGCACCAGAAGGGCGAUGUGGAGGAUGACGACGAAAUAAUGAUCGACGAAAUCCUGCUGAUCGGUGCCGCCACCUGGAAUCCUGCAGUCCGCGAGAUCCUGGCAUUGGUGACAGGUGUGACGCCAAGCAGUGCUAGCAUUGAUCCAGAAACUUCUGUGGCGCUGGGAGCAGCCAUUUUGGCUUCCAUCAUGGAUCAGCAGAUGACAGACAUGCAGGUGCAUUCACCCUGGCGAAGCGCUUGGGUCGAGUACCUCAUGAAGAAGCCUUCUCUUCUUAAGAAGUUCGAGGAGGAGCAGCAGUCCAAGAUGGGCGCUGGUUGA